CUGUGCAAGCUGCUCUUAAAGCAGGACCAGCAGCUGCCCAGCUUUCUCUGGUCAGGAACCCGGUGGUGGCUACUCCCGCUACAGAACCACGGUGCCCAUAAGAGUUGGAUUCAGCAGGCAGCAAGGCGCUCCUCCCUUGAAAUUACAGCUGGGGGAAGACUGCCCGUGGUUGUUUUGUUCUGCUUCUGGAUUCUUCAUAUGAGCUCCAAGGACAUCAUGAGCCAGGACUGCUAGAGACACUGGAGAGAGACCACCGCCAUCUGCCCUGCGUCUGUAGAGCGUCCAGCAUCCUGACUCCAUAUAUCAGACACUACUGUCUGAAUUGCCUUGAGUCAGAGAGUCUGAACCUGACCUUCAGCUAAGGUGGCUGUGGGCACACCUGAGGAAACAAAGUCCGGCACAAAGUUGGCAGAAGCCAUCACAGCAGCAUAGGCUCCCGAGGAAGGAGUCCAGAGACAGAGCAAGAUGAGUUCUGAGACAGGCCCUGUAGCUGUUGAUCCCACUCUGAGGAGAAGAAUUGAGCCCCAGGAGUUUGAAGUCUUCUUUGACCCUCGGGAACUUCGGAAAGAGACCUGUCUGCUGUAUGAGAUCAACUGGGGUGGAAGGCACAGUAUCUGGCGACACACGAGCCAAAACACCAGCAAACACGCUGAAAUCAAUUUCAUAGAAAAAUUUACUAGAGAAAGAUUCUGUCAUCCAAACACCAGAUGCUCCAUUACCUGGUUCCUGUCCUGGAGUCCCUGUGGGGAGUGCUCCAGGGCUAUUACAGAAUUUUUGAGCCGACACCCCCAUAUAAUUCUGUUUAUUUACAUAGCACGGCUUUAUCACCACACGGAUCAGCGAAACCGCCAAGGACUCAGGGACCUUAUUAGCAGCGGUGUGACUAUCCAGGUCAUGACGGAGCAAGAGUAUUGUUAUUGCUGGAGGAAUUUUGUCAACUACUCCCCUUCGAAUGAAACUCAUUGGCCAAGGUACCCCCAUCUGUGGGUGAGGCUGUAUGUACUGGAGCUCUACUGCAUCAUUUUAGGACUUCCACCCUGUUUAAAGAUUUUAAGAAGAAAACAACAUCAACUCACGUUUUUCACAAUUACUCUUCAAAACUGCCAUUACCAAAGGAUACCACCCCACCUCCUCUGGGCUACAGGGUUGAAAUGACUUCUGGGAGUUGGGGAUGGAUGAAAGACUCUUUGUAUGUGUACUGUCUUGACAGCAAGCAUUGAAGACCCACUAAAGAGUGACUGCCAUGAAGAAUCUAGAAACGGAGCUGGGGCUGCCAUUCAUAAGUAGCGUACUAGUUACACACACGAGGCCCUUGGUUUAAUUCCAAGAACAUCCAGAAACAAACAAACAAACAAACAAACAAACCCCUCAAAAAUGGAGAAUCUAGAAAUUGAGCCAGGAAUGGUUAUACACUCCUGUAAUGUCAGCACUUAGGAGGCAGAGGCAUCAGAUCUCUGUGAGUUCAAGGCCAGCCUGGUGUAUGUUGCAAGACUCAGGCCAGCCUUGAAUUACACAGUAAGAUCUUGUCUAAAAAAAAACACCUGCCCCCGCCCCCCGCCCCCAUCACGAAUGUAGAAAUUGAAGAGUCAGGUAAGGUGGUGCAUUCCUGCAAGCCCAGUAGUUUCGUGGUGGAGGCAGGAGAAUGACAAGUGAAAGUCAUUUAGAGCUACACAGUUAAGUUUGAAGCCAGCCUCAACAUAUAGAAAUUUAGUGUGCUAAAUCCUUCCAGGUAUGCCAGGGGCCAACAGCCAACACCUUGCCAGCUUACAUAAUACAGUCACUCAGACCAGUUCAGACCUUCCAAAGGCUAACAUGGCAUACAGCAGUCCCCGGGCACUAAAAGAAGCUUAGAGCUUAUUACCUUCUGAUAAAGUCCAACUAUACAUUUUAAUUUUAAAACUUUACUAUUUAUUUACUAUUACUAUUGUGUGUGUGGUUAUUGGCUUGUGUGUAGAUACUGUGGCACUCCUGUGGAGGUCAAAGGACAACUUUUAAAGUUCUUUCCCUCCUUCUACUAGCCAUUCUGAGGACUGAAUGUAGAUUGUCAGUUCAAAAAAGCAAAUUAUCUCCCUGCAGCUCUCUCAAUAGCCUACGUCUAUACAUGAAAAAAAAAAAACCUACCUGCAAUAAAAGAACCAUUUAUCAAU